AAAAAGGAGUGAAAAAAAAUCUUCUGCGCUUUCAAGGUUACAACUAAAAUGCAUGAAACAUCGUCGAUUUAAAUCCUAAAAUACACCCACAUUUAGAAAUAGUUUGCACAAAGCAAUCACUCGCCAGAGUAUAAGAAACAGACCACACCAGCAGGUAAAGAACAGCCUCGUUGCCACAAAGGGGAGGUGGCUGACAAUACACACAGAGAGUAAAACGGAUAUCACCCAAACGAAAUAGCCAGUGAAGACAACUGCUGCUCAAUUUAGAUAAGGGUGGGAGUGACUGAACUGAUUACGCGCAGGCACCGGUCGUGUGAGAGUGUAGAGUUCUGCCAAAAGAAAUGUCGGAAAGCAGGACUGUUGAGCCGGCAGGGACACAGAAUGGAUCCCACCGCUGCGGGGAUCAUCCAGCUGGGAAUCGGUGUGUCGCUGUCGGCAACAAAGUGACAGUGGUACUCGGCGCUCAGUGGGGUGAUGAAGGAAAAGGGAAAGUGGUGGAUUUGCUUGCUCAGGACGCGGACAUCGUCUGCAGAUGUCAGGGUGGUAACAAUGCUGGGCACACUGUGGUGGUGGAUUGUGUUGAAUAUGACUUCCACCUUCUACCAAGUGGUAUCAUCAACCCCAAUGUCACCGCAUUUAUUGGUAAUGGAGUAGUGAUUCAUUUGCCAGGUCUCUUUGAAGAGGCAGAAAAAAAUGUAAAUAAGGGAAAAGGUCUUGAGGGCUGGGAGAAGAGACUUAUCAUUUCAGAUCGAGCUCAUAUUGUAUUUGAUUUCCACCAAGCCGUCGAUGGAGUUCAGGAGCUGCAGAGGCAGCAGCAAGCAGGGAAAAAUUUGGGAACCACAAAAAAGGGGAUCGGCCCAGUGUACUCCGCUAAAGCUGCUCGCAGUGGACUCAGGAUAUGUGACCUUUUGUCCGACUUUGACGAUUUCACUGAAAGGUUUAAAGUCCUGGCCCACCAGUACAAAUCAAUGUACCCUACCCUGGAUAUUGAUGUAGAUGGAGAAUUAGAAAAACUAAAGGUGUAUGUGGAGAGGAUAAAGCCCAUGGUGCGAGAUGGAGUGUAUUUCAUGUACGAAGCUCUGCAUGGGCCGUCCAAGAAGAUCUUGGUGGAAGGCGCAAAUGCAGCACUCCUUGAUAUUGACUUUGGUACUUACCCCUUUGUGACCUCAUCCAAUUGCACAGUUGGGGGUGUCUGCACUGGGCUGGGGAUGCCGCCCCAGAAUGUGGGAGAAGUGUAUGGGGUCGUCAAGGCGUACACCACAAGAGUGGGAAUUGGUGCCUUCCCUUCUGAACAGAAUAAUGAGAUUGGCGAGUUGUUGCAGACCCGAGGGAAGGAGGUUGGAGUCACCACAGGCCGGAAGAGGAGAUGUGGUUGGCUGGACAUGGUGCUAUUGAAAUAUGCACACAUGAUCAAUGGGUUUACUGCCUUAGCUCUAACCAAACUGGACAUCUUGGAUGUGUUUCCAGAAAUAGAAGUUGGUGUUGCCUACAAGGUAGACAAUGAAUCAAUACCUCACUUUCCAGCCAAUCAAGAGGUCUUAAACAAGGUAGCGGUUCAAUACGUCACCCUCCCCGGCUGGAACACAGACACGACCAGUGCUAGGACGUUUGAGGAGCUGCCAGAAAACGCACAGAAAUAUGUUAGGUUUAUUGAAGAACACCUUGAUGUGCCUGUCAAGUGGAUAGGUGUGGGCAAGUCUCGAGAGUCAAUGAUCCAGCUGUUUUGAAGACUUUGCUUCCUAGUCAUCAGCGGCUCCUUUGGGAUCUGCAAAGAAGAGGGGCAGGAGCAUACAGACAAAUGUUGCAUGUAGACAUUUUACCAGUGUUGGACAUUCUAGUAUUCAUUAGCAACAGAAUCCUAUAGUGCAAUAACAUUGACCCAUAGGAGUGAUAGUCAUGUAUCCACAGCACACUCCUUGUACAGAAAUCUUCUUUUUUUUUUUUCUUUUUUUGUUGGCGCUGGAAUAAAUUACCAAAACAUUUAAAUCUGUAAUACUGUAUACAGCAUUUAGCUGUCCUCUUGGACAUUGUCCUUGGAGUUAUGACCCAUGCACUUAAAAUAACUUCUACAUGGUUGUAUCUUCAGUUAUAGGAAUUCAUAGGUCUCCUGACAUAAAUGCCAAAAAACAUUGUAGAAAAAUCCCUUUUUUGUAAUAAAUUAGUCACAGUUGCUUUAUUUUGGAGGCUUUUAUUAGUGUUCCAAGGGAAUAAAUAAACCCAUAAAUAAAACUUGUAGUACAUCUUAAAGUAGUACUUGAAAUACCCUUGAAUUACUAAAAUAACCUUUUAAAACAAAUUAAUUUAUCACAGGCUCAUCCUAGCUUUGGAUUAACUAUCAUUAAAAUCCUAUCUAGCUGUCUAGCACACAUGAGUUAUUAAGCAACUAAUCAGCCUAAUUUUCUAGCUUAGUGCUGGGUUAUAGCACUAGUAAUGGGUUUUUCAGUUGACUCGUCUCCUAGUGCUCCAUUAGGGCAGCUGUAGUCCGAGGGCACAUUUUAACAAACUUUAGGUACCAAAAGAUUUUCUGUUAAAUAUUUGAUUGUAACUUUAAACAUUUCAUUCCAUAUAAACGUCAACAACCAUUAGUCAGUGUAAUUAGACAUACAUGUGAUAAGGUUUCAUGAAUUUUUGGGUUCAAAAGCUAGAAAAUGUGUUAUCUGUGAAUGAAGGGGGUUUCAGUGCAUGUACUGUUUUUUAUGUGUGUCCUGAAGUGGCUUGUUUCCAGCUUGAUUUUAAAUCUUGAGGGUGGUGAUGAAAGCAAUUGGACUAGAAAAGUGUAGCUAUGAAGGUGUAAUGGCUUAGAAAUACUUACCACUCAUUUAGACAAAUAACAUUUUUGCAAGUCAGUCGUCAUUUUGCUAAAUACUUGUUUUAAGGCUUUUUUGCAUGCUUUCACUCGGGUGAAUACAAUGUAUCCUGCCAGUACACUAUAAACAAGGCCCAUUGCCCUGGUUUUACCAAGACUUUUUCGGUGUUUAUAAAAAUAAAAAAAGUCUGUUUGCUCUGAAUGAAAUGUAAAAAUGGAAAAUAAAUGGCCUUGAGUAUAAAUGUACUUUUGAAACCCUACUUGAGCUUCACACUCAGUCUAGGUCCUAAUACAGUACUGUACAGCUAUGGCUAAAAGUUUUGCAUCACCUAGAAUGUUAGGAUUGAGUCAUAAUAAAAAAUAAACGAUAUGAACAUAAAUUAGAUCUUUUAUUUAACAUCAUGUGAUCAAAGAAACUACAAAAUGAUAUUGCAAAAGUCUACCGGAAACCAUUCCGUGUUAGAUUUUGAAAUGUCACAUUUUUUAAUGUCAGUUUCUGUGAAGUAUAUGGAAAACUGCAAAGCGUAAUGUAAUUCAAUAUGUUAAUAUAACAUUAUUCAGCAGGUUUCAUUCGACUGUAUAAAGCAAAAUUAGUUCAUUCUACAGGGUGUUGAAACUUUAGGCCAUAGCUGUACAUGUUGCACAGGAAGUUAAUUGUGUGGUGGCAAGAGGAUAAAUGGACUUCACCCAAGCCAAAGUAAAAAAAAAAAAAAAAGUUUGUUGAAAUGAAAACAUCUACAGCGAAAUGUUGUGUUAAUGAUAAUUAUCCCUUUUUUUUGGGGGGGGGGGGGGGGCGAGUAUGGCAAAAUAUUUUAUUGUAAAAGUGGUGUUAUUUUUUAAAUUCCUAGCAGAUAAAUUUGCAGUAGUUCAAAAAGGACAAAAACACACCCUGCUGCAUUGUGGGUAACAUUGCUGUGGACUAAAUCAGAUAAUACACUAAGUGAGGUGAAGGUACUCUUUUAGAACAGAGUUGCAUUCCAUACACUAUAAAUUCUGAAGAGGCUCAUGUGACAUUUUUCUGCUUGUACUUAACAACAACUUGCUUAUGUAAGGCAGCCGCCCACAACAGCAGCUUUAGCAUACAUUUUCUCCACCAUGCACACCUGUUUCCCUAAAUGUGCAGUUUUGAAAAAAUUCCUGUUUUAGCAAACAAUUAUUUUCAUUUUAAAACAUAGCUGAUGCUACACUAAAUUAAAGAAAUCUGUUUUCAAGCCUUGACCCAGAAGACAUUGCUGGGGUGAAUGGACCUAGGAAGUAAAGCAGUAACUGACUUCCUGAAAAGCAAGGCAAGCAAAGUUAGAACUUUCAUUAAUCUAGUGUACUACCAAAUGUCAUGUUUCAAAACUGCACAUUGGUGACCUGUAUCGUGAAUGGACAUGCAUGAGAGGUAAUAUUUAUGAUAAUAUUUGUGUUGGCAACAACCACUGUUUGGAUUCUGCUGUGACGUUCAUAUAGAAAUUAUAAAUACCACAUAGUAGUUCCUGAGUACAAGAUCUGUUUUGGGGCUUUAUAAUAUGUUAAUCAUUUUGCUACACACAACUCCCUACACAAUGUAUUAUUUUAUAGCUUCUUUUAACACGAAAAGGUUUAUUCGCUGGAGGUUCCUUUUCUACGUCAGUUGUGUAUGGUUUGGAUUAGUAUGGUUUUGGACAAGAUUUGAAUCAAGUUCCAAACCUGAAUGCAUGUCGGACACUUACUGUGUGCCACUUCUGGACUGUAAGGCCAGUAAUACAGCUAUGUAUAUUCCCAAUGACACAUUAAACUAUAAAUAUAAAGUACUACUUUGGCUUGUAAAACUUGUGUGAUUAAAGUUCAAACACGAUUAUUAUUAUUUAUUUUUUUUAAAUAGACAUUGAGGGGAACCACACACAACAACACAGUAGAUCUUUUUCAUUGCUGAAAAAUCUUAUUUUUCUAUGUAUUAAUUUACACAUUUAUAAAUCAUCCUUAAGGACCGCUAACAUCUCUUCAUGUUAUGGUUUAAUGCAGAUUUGCACAAAUAUAUUGCCUGUAUCUUUUCUCUCUCUAGGUGUUUGAGCUAGUGUGUUGUAUUGUAAUGCUGUUGAAUAUUUAACAGUUUUCUGGGUUCUAAUCCUACAGUUGCACUAUAAAUUCUGGUAGUGUAAUAUGGUGUGUGUGUGUGUGUGUGGAUGGAUCUGUUCAUCUUGGGGAAGGGGCAGCAGUGUGCAGGACGAUAUUGAAGUGUGCAUGUAUUCUCAUAAUUAUGUACAGUCUGUUGGCCUUUCUCUUUGUAAUUUAAGACCGCAAUGUUGAACUCCUUUAAAUAAAAAAUGCCACAAAACUAAUCGGUAUAAAAAUAAUGGGUUCAUUUGCAACAAUAAAAACUCUUGAAAUUGGAA